AUGGGUAUGAGCGGGGCGAGUCAAGGCGGAGUCAUGGCAGAGGCUGUGGUUGAAGCCACAGGAGUAGCAGGAGCAGCAGGAGUAGCAGCGGUGCAAGAGAUUGCUAUUGUGGUCCAUGACUCGCAGUCUGUCAUCAUGGCUGCUGUUGUCAUGGUCGCCAUCUUUGCUGCUAUCGGCUACAUGGGCGCUGUCAAGAAGAAGGCCCUGGUCGACACGCUCAAGGCCAUCGGCAUCACCAAGGAGCGCGCAAAGCGCGUGUUUAAGGAGCUGCUUCGCAAGGUCUUCCACUUUUCAGGUGCUGUCAUGCCAACGGUUUACUACGUCGGACUCCGCAACUCGCUGAUGGACAAGCCGCUCGGAUGCUGCAUCAUGGUCACGGUGACCUCGCUGUACCUCAUCGGCGACGUGCUGCGGCUCUCGUGGCCAGCGUUUAACCACUACAUGCUUGUCGACCUUGGAUGGAACAAGAUCAUGCGAAAGGAAGAGUACCAUAACUUUACCGGCAUCGGGUGGUACUUUGCCGGCAACACCCUCGCCACUCUGUUCUUCAAGCCGACGGUGGCCAUGAUCGCCAUGUGCGGUCUGGUCCUGGGCGACUUUUUUGCCGCACUCGUCGGCAAGGCCGUCGGAAGGACCAAGCUCCUUGGCUCCAAGUCGCUCGAGGGCUCAACCGGCUGCUUUGCCGUCUGCUUCGCCUGCUCCAUCGCCCUGCUCGUCUCCAUGCUCCCGGCGCUGACGUUCGGGCAGGCUGCGCUGCUGGCGUUUGCAGGUGCACUGGCCGCUACCCUCGCCGAGCUCUUCUCCAUCAACGUCAAUGACAACAUCACGCUCCCGCUUGCCUCGGGCGUCGCCAUCUCGCUCACCGCCCUCUGGCUCGGCUGGUACCCGCUCCUCACUUCGGACUACGAGGGCAAGCCCGCGGUAACCUGGGCCCUCCUCGGCCUCGAUCCGCCGGCCAUCGCCUCCUUCCGUUAA